AUGCCAAACCAUGAUACGCAGCAGAAUCAAGCAUUCAAACUGCCGAAUAUUUUACCUGAUGAGCUAGCCGGCUUCCAUGAUGCUCACUUCUCCAGCGCGGCAUUGAGCAGCUUCCAGAAGGACUUUGUUUUGCCAAAUUCCCAAGCUACUCUAUGUGAAGGCGAGGUUGCAGAAGACUGGGAGGAAGAGGACGAUUUGGGCUACUAUGAGGAUGGAGUGAAACGGACAUUGACAGACGAACAAAUCGAAAUCUUUCGCCAUUCAGAGCUUCGAGAGCUUGAACGCGCCAAGGAAAAGGCAUCCAAGCUGCACCAGUCGGAAGUUUCAUCUGGAGAGCCGGGCACACCUGGUAUCCAGCCUAAUUCUACGGCUGCCAACAAGCCACGAGACGGAAAGAAGGGCAAGAAGAGCUGGGCUGGACUCUCUUGA